AUCAGGAGCAUCACAAGCGCACACUGAAGUUUCUUUCAGCACACUGACUGUAAAGAAGAACAAUGAGUUCAGAAUCGAGGCACAAGAAGAAGAAAAAGAAUAAAUUUGGUGCAACAUCACCGCCAUUUAUUGAUUAUCUGAAAGAGAUUUUAAGAAGGUACCCGGACGGGGGACAAAUACUGAAGGAGCUGAUCCAGAAUGCAGAUGACGCGGGAGCUUCUUCUGUAGUGUUCGUUCAUGAUGAGAGACAUUAUGGGACUCAGAGCCUGUGGAGUGAAGAGCUCAGAAAGUAUCAGGGUAUGAAAUAACAUGUCAAUAUUUUAGAAACCAAAAUAUCCAUGUGCCACUGAUAUCUGACAUGCGUACUGCCAACCAGAUCUCCCAUGAAUUCAUAACUAUUUUAACAAAAACGUAUGACUAUUAGAAAAAAAGAAACACUGAAGCCCCUCCCUAACCCCGCCCCUAAACCUAAAGGCCAAUCCAGUACCUCAGAGAUGACGUAUUGUUGUAGGCGAACCCGGAAGUUAGCGCCACGCUAGUUCCCUCCGAAAGCCUAUGCAUUUUACCCAUAGACUUUUGGAUUAACAAAGGUUUAUGAUGUUUACAAGUUUUGUCUAUCAAGAUCAUCUUUACAGAUUAACACAAUAUUUGCUAUUUUUGAAGCUAAAAUACA